AUCAUGAUCGACAUUUCUAACAACUGGGACACACGUCUCGUGACGGCCAUUCUGUCAGGUGUUCUUUCUCUGUGCGUUGAACAUUCAUUUGUCUUACAUGAUGGAGAAUGCUCAAGCACAACUCCUCGUAAACAUCCAUGAAGAGAUUACAAAAGGAUCUUUGACUGACAUACAAAUUAUAUGUAAAGACGGAACAACGACCGGAAGCCGCAUCGUACUGGCGGCGAUGUCAUCAUACUUCCGGGCCAUGUUCAGUUCUGAUAUGGCAGAGAGUCAGACGGGCGUCUUGAACCUUCCCACGGUGUCUUUGCCAGUGUUGCAAGAUGUCAUCAAAAUGUGUUUGUGUGCAAAUAAUCUAGUAAGUGAAAGCAACUGUGUGGAGAUCCUGGAUGCUGCUGAGAUGAUGCAGCUUAACCACAUCAAAGAAUUAUGUAACAUAUUCCUGAAGGAAAGUCUGGUACUGACCACAGAAAACUGUUUAAAUUGGUGGAGACUUUCUAAACUUUACAAUUUCCACGAUUUGUCCAACCGAGCAUUUUCCUAUUUGGCUGACGAGUUUCCUGAUUUUGUUGAAACAGAAAACGUUGUUUACCUGUCAAAGGAAGAACUUAUGGAAAUCAUUUCAAAAGAAGAGAUGAAAUGUAAAGAAGACAUCAUUCUGAAAGGCGCCAUGAAGUGGAUUGAGUAUAAUAACCCGGAUCAAGAUGAUGUUAGACUGAUUUUUGUAAACGUGCGGCUAGAUUAUGUAAACUCGCAGUUUCUAUUUGACGACGUUGUGUAUUCAGACAUUGCCUGUAAACACAAAUCGGUUCAGGAAAUGAUACGGAAGUCGCUAACUUUACUGGGUGGUCGUACAGCUCGUUCAAGGGUCAAUCCUAAAAGUCCUGACAUCUUUGUUCUCCACCAUAUGAAGACGUCACUUCUGUCUUGUUUCACGUCAGACAACAAGUGGGAGGACAUCCCACCAGCACCAGUAGAUCCUGGAGAGUGGUAUUCAGCAGCAGGUUUGGACGACAAGAUUUAUAUCACUGGUGGAAAUAACGAAAGGAAAUGUACAUUGAUAUAUAACACCGCGAGAAAGGUGUGGACAGUAGGUCCAGAUCUCACACAUGAACACUACGGUCACUCUAUGGCCACAGCUAACUCGACAGUGUACUCGAUAGGUGGUUACUAUAGCAACACAAUAGAGGAAUUGAGCGAGAGUGAGACGCACUGGCAGGUUGUUGGAGAUUUGGGAUUGAAACGAUAUUCCACUUUCCCUGUCACAGUUGGUGAGAACAUUCUCGUCAUGGGAGGAGCGACACAGUCAGCCAGGUCAGAUGUUAUCCAAUGUUUUAACACCAGAACUCAAACUGUCAGUCAGCUGAACACAAAGUUACCUUGUAGCUCUGAGUUACUAAGAGGCUGUGUUCACCUCCCAGAUGUUUAUCUGGUAGACUACGACAGUCACGUGAUGCACCUUCAGGUCACCAACACGGAUGGGCAAAUCCAGAUACAGGUUAAAUCCACAGUGGAAUGGAAAUCAUUUACAUUAUUUUUUGGUGUAACACACCGAGAUGGAAGCUUGCUGUCUUUUAAAAACGAUGGAAUCAGCAAAUUCAACCUCGCUGAAGGUAAAGAAGAACAGAGUACAUUCCCUAAGUCGCCUAGAAGUGACUCAGUGUACGACGUGUGCACGGUGUUCAGUGAAAAAACAUCGCGAUGAGUGUUCAUUGAUUAAUAUCGGCGUGUUAGCUCACAACUAUAUCAUAACUUCUUUUCGAAUCAGUAUUGUACAGAGAUAGGUACUGAAUAUACCCUCACGACUCUUAUCACAAACUAUUUUUGAAUCAGUUGUGUACAGAGCUAGCUACUGAAAGACCCUUACGACUCCAUCAUAACUUCUGUUGAAGUCAGUCUGUACAGAGAUAGCUACUGAAUAUACCUUCACGGCUCUAUCAUAACUUCUGUUGAAAUCAGUCUGUACAGAGAUAGCUACUGAAUAUACCUUCACGGCUCUAUCAUAACUUCUGUUGAAAUCAGUCUGCACAGAGAUAGCUACUGGCUAUAUCCUCAAGAAUCCGCCAUAACGUCUGUCGAUAUAUUUUGAAAUGCAAUAUACCAGUAAGCAGUAAAAUAUGUUCUACUUGUCUGUAGGUUUGUGAUACACAAAAUCAACAGUAUCAUACACUUAUCGUUGUGUGUGGAAAGAUAAGGGCAAGCUUGGUCUAGAGGUAAGUGGUCUUAUGGUAUUGGUGUUGUCGUGGUUAGGCCACCGAACAUAAGGCUGGUAGGUACAGGGCUCGCAGCCUGGUAUCGGAGUCAAGAAAUAGAAUUGGCCCCUCAAAAUUUUCUGGUGGAGGGGGCAUAUUUCGGAAUGACUCAGUGGGUAGGUAUAAUACCACUACACCCUAUUUUCUCUCACUAACAACAACUAACCCACUGUCCUGGUCAGACAGCCCAGAUAGCUGAG